AAGUGGUCCAUCUACCAUAUUUUCAUGCCUGAUCUGAUCACUGUCUUCAACUUCUUGGUGUAUCUCUGAAGCCCCGAAAGGAGAAAUUUCCACAGUCAUCAAUUCAUCAUGUACUUGAGACUGAGAGAGAGAAAGUCCUCGACUGUUUAACCUUUUCAUCUCGGAAUGGUGCUAGUAAAAGCCAAAUCUUUUUUGGAAACAUAUUGAGUUCCCAGAAGUGCCAGAAACAGUGAAAAAGAUUGGUGAUAUGCCCCCCUGCUAGUCAAAGCCCCGUGCUGUACACAGUUUGUGUCCUGCUGUGUAGCUCUCUGGUAGCUCAACAUUUGAACCCCUUCCUUGCAGAGCUAAUGGGUGAAUCAAUAGUAGAUUUCGCAAAUGAUGCUGAUGAGGUGGGAGAGGCAGCUGCUUCAAAUUCUUCAAAUCCUGCUCUGGAAGUGUCGGUUUCGUUCGGUAGGUUUGAGAAUGAUUCACUGUCUUGGGAGAAAUGGUCAACAUUCUCACCAAACAAGUACUUGGAAGAAGUUGAGAAGUGUGCGACGCCUGGUUCAGUGGCUCAGAAAAGGGCCUAUUUUGAAGCCCAUUACAAGAAGAUAGCUGCUAGGAAAGCUCAGGAGCUUCUGGAGCAAGAGAAGCAGAUGCAAGAUGAUCCCUUUAGGUCAGAUGAUCAGAAGGGUGGAGAUCAGAUCGAUUGCGGGACACAUUUUGAAAUUGAUUUAACUAACAGUCAAAGUACUACCCAAGCAAAUUAUCAAGAAACCAAUUUUGACAAUCAGACAAUUAGUACUCAUGUGGAUGAUCUCAAGGAGGAUGAUGUUAUCACCAUAGAAUGUCAAAGCUCAUUGACAGAGGGAGAGAAAGAAACAACUGAUAGCUUUACGGCUAGUCCCAACUUGAACAAUCCGGAGGAACUUAUUUUAGAGAAAGAAGCGGAGAAUGUCCCUGCUGAGUCUGAAGGGAUACAGGAAAUUCCAAGGAGUUUGGACAAUGAAAUGGGAAAGGCUCCAGAAGUUAAAGAGGAAAAAGAGAAAAAACCAAGAUUGCUUCUUCGGAAGGGAUCUCAGAAGGUUACUACUGGAGUGAGCAAGGAGAGAAAUGUGGCAAAUGUUAAGAAGAAACCAAUUCCACAAAUAACUAAAACACCACAGAAAUCCACCCCUAGAGUGUCAAAGCCUAUAUCAACUUCCACCCUUAGAGUGUCAAAGCCGAUAUCAACUUCCACCCCUAGAUUGUCAAAGCCUAUAUCAACUUCCACUGCUAGAGUGUCAAAGCCUAUAUCUACUUCCACCCCAAGAGCGUCAAAGUCUAUAUCAACUUCUAUUGCAACACCUGCACCUCGAUCCUCAGUAAAAAUGGGCAACACUUCAUCUUUACCUAGGAGCAAAAAUCCUUCCAUUGAGGACACCAAGAAAGUUCCUCCUAAGUCUUUGCACAUGUCACUUAGUUUGGAUCCCGCAAAGUCUGAUUCAGCUUCACCGACAACCGCCAGAAAAUCUUUCAUUAUGGAGAAUAUGGGAGAUAAGGACAUUGUCAGACGAGCAUUUAAGACAUUUCAAAACAAUUACAACCAACCGAAAUCCUCCAGUGAAGAGAAAUCUUCAACACCAACGCAGCAGCUCUCUACAAAGGGGAAAGAAUCAAGAGUUUCCACUUCAGUGCUCCUGCCAAAAGAGAAUGGAGGGUCUCUAGGAAAAGGAACACCUAAGGCUGCUCCAUCAUCUUUUGGUUUGAGAAAUGAUGAAAGAGUAGAUAAAAGAAAGGAGGCAAAAUCCAAUCCCAAAGAGGCAGAGAGAUUGCACUACCAACCAAAGUCAAAGGGUCAAAACGAAGCAGAGAUAAAAAAGCUGAGACAUAGCCUUAAUUUUAAGACUACUCCCAUGCCAGGUUCUUACCGCAGAGAAAAAAUGUCAAAAAGUACUUCAGAAAAGGAAAGUUCCAAGAAUGAAACCCAUCGGUGACCGAAUCUGCUAGGCCGAAACGUCACACUUCAUCUACAGUGAAACACAUCUUCACAGGCUAGACAAGAGAAAAUAUGUGUAAGGAAUUGGUUCUCAUCAAGGGUGCAUGCUUAAAUAUUAUUGCUGAGCUGAUGACAAAAUGAUCAUGAUGAGUGAAAAACUGUGUAUGUCGAUGGCUAGACAAGACCUACCUUUGCUGCCAUUCGUUGCCAAAUUAGUCUCCUACUCUACUUAUCCCAAAUAGUUAUCAGAAUUGUACUUAUUGCCUAUGAAAGGAUGUAACUGUGGGAAAUAUUAAAAUUACACGGAGAUCUUAUAGUUGGUUGCA